AUGUACAUUGGGGCGUCAAAGCCCCACACCACACUUGUGGUGGAGCACACCUUCCUGCUCUGCAAGCCGGACGCCGAGCAGCACCACCGCUACAUUCUGCAAACCGUCUCCGACGCCGGGUUUCAGGUCAUGGCGAAGUCCUUCAUCAUCACCCCCGCCUUGGCGGAGGAGCUUGCAAGCACGUUUCCGAGUGUGCGGAGGCGCAGGUACGCCGAGCGCGGCGGCGUGGACAAAAUAUUUAGUGGCCCCAAAUCGACCCCGCUGAACGACAACACCUUCUUGCCCAGACGGCGGAAGGGUACGGCGGAGCGGGGCCGCCCCAGCCGCGGCGGCGGCGAGGCUGCUUUUGCCGCCGGCGGUGAGGAAGGCGGCAACAGCAAUAGCGGCCGGAGCAGCGCGAGCAGCGGCGCGGGUGCCGGCGACAUCAAGCGUCACCGCAGCCAGGAGACGCAUCAGGGCAUCAUCGCGGAGAUUCUUCGUCUCACAAGCCGGCACGCCGAGGACGAGGGAGUCAACGCCGGACUACCAAACGUCGCCGAUGAGCAGCGGGCGGCGAACGGAAGCGAGAGGGCGCAGGAUGGCGGACGCAGGGACAGCCGAAUGCAGCAGGAGCAGAAGCCUGAGCGUCGUCUGGCGACCGGGGUGGUGUUGAAAAACACGAUGAUCGAGGUAAUGUCUUACAAGGAGCUCCUCAAAGAGCACGUGCGCCACCUCGCAUUCGGGGGAACCUGCUUGGCGGUGGAGCUCUCCAGGCACAAUGCCGUAGAGAAGCUGUUGGAGAUUGUCGGCCCGGAAAACCCUAUGGACGCACGCCGUGCCGCACCGUACAGCCUCCGGGCACGCCUCGGAACGGAUUUGGUGCGCAACGCCGUUUACGCCGCCUCCAACUUGGCGGAGGCGAGUCACUGCAUCUCUGUCGUCUUUGGCUUUUCAACCCGCUACUCCACAGCGGACGUCCGUGCCCAUACCGCCAUGCCAGAGGCCGGUGGCGUCAAGAAUGAUGAGCAGAUCAGUGGAGUCCCUGCGAUUGUGCGUCCCUACUGCAAGCUGGUGAGUGUCGCAUGCCACCCCUCGCACCGUGGCCCAGUGAAGCCCGCUGCGGUGUUACGUAUUGAGGAGACCAACCCCCAGGCGCACGUCUCGUACUACACGGGAGAGCCCGGGCCAGGGCAGGCGCGGGAAAAGGGGGAGGCGGACGGCAAUGCGCGGCGUGGUCAGCCGGGUGACAGUGAGGCGUGGAAGCAGAAGGCAGAACAGCUAGAGCAGCGGCUUGCGCAGGAGCAGAUGGAGCUGAUGACGCGUGCGAAAUUGCUCCGCGCGCGUGAGUUGGACCUGCUGCUGCGCGAGCAUGCCUUGGAGAAGGCGACGCGCAACGUUAUUGCCCCGGCACGGCCGAUUGAGGCGAGGGCGGAGCCGCAGUUGUUCCCCCGCACCCUGUCGGGGUCAGUGGAAGAGCCGAUGGGGAGGGGCCGGCUGUCGCCCUCCGUCGUCCUGGGACAGCAGCCGUUCUCGCCACAGAACAAACUGGGCGCAACCCCGCUUCAUCAGAGCUUGCUGGAACCCCGCUCCCCACUGCCGCGACUUUCGGCUGCCGAUGCGCUCACGGCCACGGCGCGCGGGAUGCUGCCGGUGAUCGAGGCGGAGGACGUCUCGCUGCUGGUGACGACGCCAGUUCGCCUGCGCGCGCUCUACGUGGCCUUGAAGCACUACUCCGAGAACGGAGAACUCACGCGGAAGGAGGUGCUUGCGUUGUAUGACCGUAGUCCCGCCGUCCAGCUGCUGUGGAUGGACGACCACCGCAAUUUCUUUUGGCGGUACGUGGAGCUGCACACCGAGGAGCCCGUGGCGUUUGACAGCUUCGUUUCCGUUCUGAUGUUCCUUCUCAAGCAGUAG